ACACGCAGGGGCGGCUGUCUAUCGCGACUCAGAAGCUCUUCCUUGCUGAGUACAUACGCACCCAAAACACUUUCGCAAAACCAAGUAUUAGGAAGCUACAUCCAGGAACUUGAAAAGAAAAGAUGCAUGUUGGAGAGUUUAGGCCCUGAGCUGGGGGAGUAACAUUGAUCUGGACCCAUCGUCUUUUCACCAAGCACCAUGUUUUCAAGGAAGAAGCGGGAACUGAUGAAAACACCCUCCAUCUCCAAGAAAUGCCGAGCGGGGAGCCCUGUGCCCCCAGCCUCCUUGGAGCUUCCACGGCGAGAUGGCCUGGAUGUAUCAACUUCCAGCCUGGUGGAUUUGUCUUCAUUGCCCACCGCAGCUACGCUGAAGCGUCCCACGAGUCUCAGCCGCCACGCCAGUGCAGCAGGAUUCCCUCUGUCCCCUGCUAUUCCCAGAGGUCUUGCCAAAACUCACAAGCCCCACAGUACCUAUAGUCCCAGUGAAAUCAGCGAAGGGAGCCUAGCAGAACCAGAGGACAUUUCACAACUGCUGGCUGACGUGGCUUGUUUUGCAGAGCGCCUGGAGAAGUUGAAGGAUGUUGUAUUGCAGGAGGAUGGCCAAGAAUCUCGACGGUCGCUCGCCCACGAGUGUCUUGGAGAAGCCUUAAGAAUUCUUCGGCAAGUCAUUAGCAAGUACCCACUGCUCAACACCUUGGAGACCUUGACAGCUGCAGGGACCCUUAUCUCCAGGGUUAAAGGCUUCCACUAUGAGUCUAACAACGAAGCUGAAAAACGUGAAUUUGAAAAGGCCGUGGAGAUGAUUGCAGUCUCCUUCAGUAGCACCGUCUCUGAAUUCCUCAUGGGAGAGGUGGACAGUAGUACCAUCCUUUCGAUUCCUCUUUCUGAACUGAAUCAGUCGGUGGAAAAUCUAUAUGGGGGCAUUACAAGUUUGGGACCAGAAGAUGUGCUGCAUGGUAAGGAAGAUUUCAGCUCAGCACGCCUGUCAGUUGAAGAGGUGAACGUGCUCCUUCAGAAGUGUGAUGGAGGGGUAGACUUUGCCCUCAAGUAUGCCAAGAGCAUCUCCAAAUACAUGAAGGAUCUUAUCUACUAUAUGGAGAAGAGGACGGUUCUGGAAAUCGAGUUUUCUAAAGGACUUCAGAAGAUCGUGAACACCUGCAAGCAAACCAUCACUCAAGAGCCCUCCAUGCCGUUCCUCUCCAUCUACUCGCUGUCCCUGGAGCAAGACAUGGAAUACAGUCUCAGCUGCCUGCAAGCGGCCACCACUUUGCGAACUGAAACCUAUAUGCAGCCUCUGACCCUGAGGCGCCUCGAGCAUGAAAAGCGGCGGAAGGAAAUUAAGGAACAGUGGCACCGAGCCCAGAGGAAGCUGCAAGAAGCCGAGAACAACUUGCGCAAGGCCAAGCAGAUGUACAUGCAACGCUCGGAGGAGUGUGAAAAAGCCCGGCAUGUGAUGGCCAAAGCAGAAGAGGAUCAGCUAGUGUCUAGCAACAGCUCGGCCACCUUGAAGAACUUGGACAAGAAGAGACGGCUGGAAGAAGAAGCCCGGAACAAGGCCGAAGAAGCCAUGGCAACAUACCGGACCUGCAUUGCAGAUGCCAACACCCAGAAGCAGGAAUUGGAGGACACCAAAGUGACAGCACUUCGGCAACUCCAUGAGGUGGUCAAACAGAGCGACCAGGUCAUAAAGUCGGCUACCAUUUCCUUCUAUCAAAUCAUGCACAUGCAGACAGCCCCACUGCCUGUCUAUUUCCAGACGUUGUGUGAGAGCAGCAAACUCUAUGAUCCCGGGCAACAGUAUGCCUCUCACGUCAAGCGGUUGCAGCGGGGAGACGAACCUGAGACACAGUAUGAUUUUGAGCCCUACGUGUCAACCAACAACUGCUCCCCGGUGACUCGGGCAAGAAAAGGCAGCUGCAGUAUUAGUGAAUUCACAGGAACGAGUAGCUCUGACACCUCCAGUAAAGACGGAGCAGCCUCCGAAGGUGACACAGCGGCAGGCCGAGACCCUCAGAACCGGCCCACCCAGCUUGAAAAACGAGGUGGGCGAGGUCACCAGGUACACAAAUCAUGGCCAACAGCCAUCACAGAGACCAAGGACAAUCUGGAAUCCUCUACCACAAGCACAGGUGAGUUUCCUCAGAUGCCUUCAAAUGGAUCGCUGACCCCUAAAGAUGAUCCUGACGGGAAUUCACCUUCCUUUGAACAGAGUAUUAAUGAAAUGACUCCAGGAAUCUCUACGCCCACCGGCCCUUUCCGGCAUAUCAGCUUGUCCAGAGCUGCCCAAACCCACCGGCUGAGGAAGCUGCGGACACCCUCAAAAUGCCGAGAGUGCAACAGCUACGUUUACUUCCAGGGAGCUGAAUGUGAAGAGUGUUACUUAGCCUGCCACAAGAAAUGCCUGGAGACCCUGGCCAUUCAGUGCGGACACAAGAAACUUCAAGGCAAACUGCAGCUCUUUGGGCGAGACUUUGCUCAGGCUUCCCACACCGGCUCUGAUGGCGUCCCCUUCAUCAUCAAGAAGUGCAUCAACGAGAUCGAAAGGCGGGCCAUGAAAACAAAAGGCAUCUACCGUGUUAAUGGAGUGAAAUCCCGCGUGGAGAAGCUCUGUCAGGCUUUUGAGAAUGGGAAAGAGCUGGUUGAGCUGUCUCAGGCCUCCCCACAUGACAUCAGCAACGUGCUGAAGCUUUACCUUCGCCAGCUCCCAGAACCAAUCAUGCCCUUCCGGAUGUACAACAGCCUUAUGGGGCUGGCCAAGGAGACCUUGCAGAGUCGGUCCGACAGCAGGGCAGGGAGAAGCACUGGGGAGCCAGUGGACGCAAGCAGCGAGUCAGAGAAAGCCAUGGUCACCAAGCUGAAGGAGCUGCUCAAAGAACUUCCAGCCAAGAACUUUGCCACCUUGAAGUGUAUCACGCAGCACCUGAAGAGGAUUAUAGAACUUGAAGAUGACAAUAAAAUGUCUUCUAGCAACCUGGGAAUCGUCUUUGGCCCCACGUUAAUGCGUCCUCGACCCACCCAAGCUACCAUCUCCCUCUCUUCCUUGGUGGAUUAUCCCCACCAGGCAUGCAUUGUUGAGGCACUCAUAAAUUUCUAUGCUACUAUCUUUGAAUCCGAUGGGGUAUCUUCAGAUGGCACAGAAGAAACGAUCAGGGAAGACGAAGAGCUGGUCAGGAACCAGGAGGAUGAAGGAACACAACCCCACAGUGAAGUCCAGUAUCUUGAAACAACCUCUGAGCAGACAGAAGCCGCUCUUGAUGAAGAUUCUUUCAGAGAACCGGACACUCCCUUUAUCGAUUCUGAUUCUGAUCCAGAAGAUGGCACGGAUGCAGCCGUUGAAGGAAUCCCACGGGCCAACUCAGGUCCAGGAGGCAGUGAGACCAGUGGUGAGGAGGAGAGCCCCUCCGGUGAGGACGCCAGUGAGGAAGCGGUCCUGAGGGAGAGGCCCAGCAUGGAACAAUCUGACCCUGAGGAUACUUCACCCCUACAUCACCUAGGCCCAGCAGAAAGUUGCUGGGAGGCAGAAGGAGAUGCUGUCUUCAGGAGCGGCGGUGAUGAGGAGAACAGUGACAGGAAGGUUGAAAGUCUUCUGGUGGACCUCAACACCAACCAGUCUAACAACUCACUUUUCUCACACUUGCUGAUCAACUAAGGACGUGUUUUCGAUUUCCUGGUAUAAAAGUGAAAACUAUGUCAGUUGAGGGAAGCAGUGUAGAAUCCUUUUAAGUGUAGAGACUGACAGUGAAGAGAUAGAUGGCCUUCGACUGCCUUCUCAAAGUCAUCCUCUGGAGGCCUUCUGGUUUACCAGGCUCCUUAUUUAUAACAGCCUGCUUUUCAUUCUUUGUAAUACCAAAAUGACAUCUGGGGACUCUUGUGUGAAAAGGCAGGGAGGAAACUAUAUGAGGAGAGAUUAUUAAGGCCCAGAGACAAUGGAAAAACUCUGCAACAUCCAAACUUUCUUAAGGACACUUUUCUCUGACCUAAAUGCCCUUCUGAAAUUUUGGAUCUCGCUCCCAUCUUUCUUCCUACAUAGUCCUAACCCAACAAGGGGUGGGGGGGGCAGUAGCUUGAGGAGCGCUCUUUCAAAAGAAGAGCCACAGACGGAGACGCUCCCUCCCAUCCUUGAGGUUCCAUCCCUUUCAGGAAACAAUACACCCAUUGUGAUCCUAGAUCUUCAGAUAUGUUUGUUUAAACAUUAGCAGAUUAUAUUUGUUUCUAAGUAAACCCACUUCAGGGAUACUACGGUAUUUUUAAAAUCAGGGUACAGACAAAAUGCUGGAUGAGCUUGGCUGGAUGACGGAUUACUUGAAGGCUGAAAUCCACUAGUGCAAAUCCUACUGAGGUCUGAGGACCAGCGUUGGGUUGUGGAUGUGGAUCGAUCCUAUCAGGGAAUGGGGGGGGGGGUAGGGAGGGUUAUAUGCUUAUUGCACAGCUGUAUGAAAAGUGCCAAGUAGAGCCAGCUGAAGGGGCUUUUAUGAGACCUUGCUUAACCACCACCUCAUUUAGUGCCCAAAGUUACGGUGCCACUGGAAAAAUAACUUUAUGACCACUCCUCACAUUUACAACCUGAGCAACACACUUGUGUCAUUCAGGCAUUUGGCAACUGGAGGAGGAGGAUGUUUUUGACCAUGACAGUAUCCCGCAAUCCUAUGGCUAACAUUUGUGUUAGCAAUUCGCAACUGGCUUGCGACAAGUGGUCAAUGCAGAAGGUGACAGUAAAAUCAGAAGUCACGGUUACAUGAGGUUUCAAUUAAUGACUGCAAUGAUUUGCUUAACAGCCAUAGUGGAAGCCAAUCCAUCACGAUCACAUUUCAUUUAGUGAACAGAUAUUGAAUGACAACAGUUGCGGGUCCCAGUUGUGAUCGCUAAAGGCUACCUGUACUCUCAAGUGGGAUCUGCUGGAGAAAUCCACCACACUGUUUAGUGCACCAGUAUUCAGAUUCUGAGAAGCCACUUGAGAUCUGUAGGAGAAGCGCAAGGUAUUUGUGAGGUAAAUAUGCUUAAGCCACCUAAACAGCUUUCAGAACCACUGUGGACGAUUUGAGGGCAUUUCACAAUAAAGGCCUAGUGGAACUGCUACAUUACCUUUAAAGGUCUAUUGUACAUAACUGAAUUAUAGCAUUCAUUUAAAACAGUGUUUCCCAGUCUUGGCCAUUGUAAGACCUGUGGACUUCAACUCCCAGAAUUCCCCAGCCAGUAAUAUCGAGGUUGUCAAUGGUAGCUAGGGAAUUCUGGGAGUUGAAGUCCACAGGUCUUACAAAUGGCUUUGGUGGAAACCCUGAUCUAAAGCAAAGGCAUAUUGUAUUUAUCUGUGAAAAAGGAAACCACAGCAAGAAAUCUUUUGCCUUCUGGAGAAGGCUGGAACGGUAGCACACAGCGAAGGAAGACUUUUGGGUAUUUUCUUGAGAUGUGGAUGAGAAAAAUGAGUGAAUAAAGUUGAAGUGCAAGUCUUCACUGCUUGUAUUUAUAUAUAGGUAUGUGUGAGUAAGCCUAUUUUAAUGAGAUGCUUGUUUCCUUUUAAACUGCUCUAUACACUUUUCUUUUUAUAAGACUUGUAUCAAAAAAUAAACUAUAUUUGGGGAAGUGAUAUUUACACCCAAUAACUGUG